CAAACAGCUGAUUUUAACCAAAAUAUAGAGCACGCCGGUGACUAAUGUGCAUUUGGCAAUAAAUAAAUAUAAAUUCAGAUAAAAAUAAUAUUAAUAAAAUUUAAAAUAAAUAUUAAGUGACACAGCAACAAAAUGGAAGUCGAAUUUAGUAAAGAAAACUUCUUGCUGCCUGAAAUCAAAUACGAAUAUUUAGAUCACACCGCCGAUGUGCAAUUGCACGCCUGGGGAAAUACAUUACAGGAAGCUUUCGAACAAUGUGGCAUGGCAAUGUUCGGCUACAUGACUGAGCUAGAUUAUGUAUCCGUGCAACAGUGUUUUCAAAUCGAAGCUAAAGGUGAUGAUGUAGAAGGUUUAUUAUUUCAUUUUUUGGACGAGUUACUCUUUCUCUUCUCCGUCGAGCCAUAUUUGAUUUGCAAAAAAUUAGAAAUCACCAAAUUCGAUUUGGAAACAUUUGAAAUAGAAUGUCGUUGCUAUGGUGAACCGUUUGAAAUUGGAAAACAUCCACAAGGUACCGAAGUCAAAGCCAUCACCUACUCUGCAAUGCAAGUGAUACAGGAACCCGAACGAAGUCACUAUGAAGUGUUUGUUAUAAUCGAUAUUUGAUGGCGUUAUAAAUUAAAAAAGAGUUCGGUUCAAUCCUCUCAUUUUUUUCUUGCGUAAAGCAUAUACAUAUGUAUAUAUUUAUCCAGAAAAUAUUCUUGUAAAGCAUGAAAUGCAACUAUUCUCCAUUAUGACGAAAUGUCGCAACAUACAUACAUUUACUUUUUUCAUAGUGAUAAGUCUGUGAAGUAUUGUAUUCAUCAUUUUCAAUACUUUUAAAUAGAAAUCGAAGCAGGUUUUUUACACAAAAUGCAAAUGUAAAUCGUGAAAAUUGUAUGAAAUUAGUGAACUUUUAAUAACCUUGAAAUUUUAUUUUAUUGUUUGAUAUACAUACAUAUGUACAUGGUGUAUGUACAUAGAUCAAUAUAAAUAAGUUUAAUAUAUUUUUGUAUAUAAUUUUGCUUUAAAAGUGUAAAUGUAAUUAAUGUAUAUGAAACCUGUAUAAAUUCUGCAGAACAUAAGAAAUAACGCUUAUAUCAACUCAUACAGGAAUACAAGUACAUAUGUAUGUAUGUAUGUGUCAACGACAAAAUAAACAUCUAUGUAAGCUCUUUGUUUGGCUUCGUUGCUUCUCAAUUUCACAACGGAAA